AUGGCUGCCAGGGUGAUGAAGAAUUCUCUGCACUUCUUCAUCACCCUGUCAGUGUGUGUGUUAGUUGAGCAGGAGAGAGCAGUGGUCAGCGCUCUACAGUAUUUUAAAACCUUGGUAGAUAAGCUGGUUGUGGACCAGCAUGUGGUCAGCGGUCUGCUGUGUGGGUCAGCAGGUCAGGUCCUGGAGGCAGUGCAUGCCUUGGUCCAGCUAGAACCACGCAUCCAGCGUAGUAAGACAGUUUCCUCCUGUCUCUCUGGUCUUUUUGGCUCUCUGGCUCAGCUGAUUCACUGGGCUGAUCAGGUCAUGCUGCAGGGCAUCCAGCAGGACAAGGAGGCCAUAGCGACUGUGACCACGGUGAUCCGGGCUGUGCUGGAUGGAACCAAGGAACUGGUGAGACUGGCUGCUGAGAGACAAGAUGGUUCCCCCCCCUCUUCUCCUGUUCAAUCACAGUCAAACUCAGGUCCUUCCCCCUCCUUUCCUGGCCAGUCACAGCAAGUUGUGGGCCAUACAUCAAGUUGUUGUGAAGACCAGCAGACGUCCUCUGUCACAACUUUAGCCCAACCUUCCCAGAAGCCUGGAGCACCAAAACAUGAGGAAGAAGAAAGAGUGCAGCCUGCUCCACCUAAACCCCCUAAACUCCUCCCCAUGCCCCUAACCACACCCAAUCCUUGCUGCAAGACAGACACUCCCAGUCCCCCCAUCCUCCCACCAAAGAGGCGUCAAUCAUCAGGCCCCUCCCCCUGCAGGAUCGCCAUAGUUACGCCAGUGAGAAGAGAAACGUGGCAACAAAAAGAGUCUGAAAUAGACACCAUAAAGCCGUCUCUUUCCUGUUCUGUAUUCAGAGAACACACACCUCCCUUCCUUCACCAGGAAGUGGAUCCAGAUUACGAGUUCCUUGACAGAGAUCUUUCCUGUGUAGAGAUUCCCCCCUCCUCCUCCCUCCCCCCCGCCCUGCCAGAGAAGAGGCGACGCAGUGCUCCAGCCGGUCAGGUCUCUCAGGCCAGUCCCGCUGGAGAAGACUCCGCUUUCAUUGAACAAUACCCCGCCCAAUUUGACAAGGGUAUUUCACUUGACAACUCUUUGCCUUAUGACCAGCCUCCCCCCGAACUCUCUCCCAGUGGGACCCCUCCUCCCCUACCCGAGAAGAAACGACACAUCCACCAGUAUCUCCAGUUCCUGUCCACCUACAGUGCUCCAGCAGCAGACUUGUUAUUCUACCAGAGACCGUCCAACCUCAGCCAGCGAUACACCGACAGACAGCGUCAGCUGGAGACAGCCUAUCAGCUGACCCACACACAUCCCGACUCACAGCACGACCCACACAGCAGCACACACCACAAUGCACAUCAUAACACACAUCCUGGCAAAUACCAAGACACACAUCCUGACAUACACCCCGACACACACAGCGAAACACACUAUGACACGUUUGACACACACUCCGACACACACCACAACACACAGCCGGAGAUACACAGCGAAAGAAAAGCCGACACAAAUGUUUCAUCACCCCUACCUCCUGCACCUGUUCUGCCCCCAAAGAAGAAGCACAGGGAUUCUGCAUUCGACAAUGGACUGGACAAGGUGGACAAGAAGGACAAAGAAAGUUCCCAGAGUGUCCAGCAGACAGCAUUAUGUGGCGAGAGGAGCAGCAAGGAGCAGGAGAAGGAUGAAGAACAGAAGAAGGAGGAGGAGGAGGGGGAGGAGCUGUUGUUGAUAAACCAGCCGGAGGUCCUGGGCAGAAUCAUCAUGAAGAAGGAGGAGGAGGAGGGGCUGGAUGUGAAAGCUGCAUCUCCAGAUAUCCUAUUGGUCUACGCUACUGAGACUGACAGCUCUGACCAGGUCCUGUACUGUGAGGCGUUUCUGCUCACCUACAGAAGUUUCAUGAGUACUCAUGAUGUCAUCACCAAACUGCAGUCCAGGUACAGACACCUAUGUAAGGGAAGUGAACCAGCAUACCCCAGAGCCAGUAAGAACACAUUCCUCCUGCUGGUCAGAGCUGUGGAGGAGCUCUGUGCAAUAGAACUGGAUGCUGAUUUGCAGGCUCUUCUAAUGGACUUGGUGUUCAACCUGGUGAUUGGAGGAGAACUGGGUUUGGCCCACCUCUUGCGCACUAACAUCCUAUCAAAGCUGGAGCAGAGGCGUCACCUGAUUGGCUCUCCUCUGUCACUCCGCCCUCUUUCGGCAAGGGGUGUGGCUGCCAGACCUGGGACUCUCCAUGACUUCAGGAGUCAGGAUAUAGCAGAGCAGUUAACUCUGAUGGACUCAGAGCUCUUCUGUAAGAUUGAGCUGCCAGAGGUCCUGCUGUGGUCUAAAGAACAAAAUGAGGAAAAGAGUCCCAACCUGACAGAGUUUACUCAGCACUUCAACAAUGUCUCCUUCUGGGUACGAUCUGUCAUCAUGUUACAGCAGAAGGCUCAAGACAGAGAGAAACUGUUCCUCAAGUUCCUCAAAGUUAUGAAGCACCUGAGGAAGCUGAAUAAUUUUAACUCCUACCUGUCCAUCCUGUCGGCUCUGGACUCCGCCCCCCUCAGAAGACUGGACUGGCAGAGACACACUGCAGAGGCCUUGGAGGAGUACAGUUCUUUGAUUGACAGCUCAUCAUCGUUUAGAACCUACAGAGCAGCUCUGGCUGAUGUGGAUCCACCCUGCAUACCCUACCUGGGUCUUAUCCUGCAGGACCUGACUUUUGUACAUCUGGGGAACCCUGACUUGAUGGUGACAUCACAGGGUUCAAAGGUCAAUUUCUCAAAGUGCUGGCAGCAAUUCAACAUCCUGGACACACUGAGGAGCUUUCAGCAAAUUCGUUACUCAUUGCAGCCUAAUGAUGAAAUUGUGUCGUUCUUUAACGACUUCAGUGACCACCUGGCUGAGGAGGCAUUAUGGGAACUCUCUCUAAGGCUUCGCCCACGGAACAACCCACGAGCUAAUCAGAGAUAGGCUGGGAAGAGACUGCAGUCUAGUCGAGAGGAGACAGCCAAUCAGGGAAGAGUGGAGCUGUCAGUUUGACCUGUUCCCUCCUCUGGAAUGGGAACUGAACUAAACUGGUGAGAACCUGGACUGGAUUGAUGCUAGUCUGGGUCUAGCCCUGUGCUAUCCUGCAUUUACUUAGAUUAGCCUGAUGCUAAUCUGCCUAGCCUGGUGCUAGACAACGGUUUACUUUGGCUAGUGAGAUGCCGGAAUAGAGUUAAUCUGGGUUAGCAUGGGGCUACUUGGGGUGGUCCGGUGCUGAAUUGUUAAGUUUGUUAAAUUAAUUUUUGUUGGUGCCUAUAAUACAGUUAAUACGGUAGCCUGUUUUGUUGGUCACUUCUACUGCAGUCUUUACGGUAACCCUCCUGUUAGGAGGAAGGCGUGCUGCUAGUGAAAGGCACUUGUUGAAAUGUUCGGUAGGCUGUGGCCACUUGCUGUUGAGAGCACAA